CUACAAAUAUGUCAAGUUUCGUCGAAAUCGGAGACACAUAUUUCGUGGAUGUUCCUUGUCAGAGACGAAUUUGGCCAGCUGGAGUUCGCGCGAGGUCGCAGCGUUGUGGCAGGUGUAGGCUGCGCGGUGCGGCGCGGCGCGGCGCGCUUUUUCUUUCUUAUCAACAGCUAUCAGUGCGCGUCGACAUCUUAGCCGAGAGAUUAGAUACCGCAGGUAGUACGUUUUAAACUGCCUUAAUGCCCGCCGCUGUUUUUCCAAGGUGGCAAUCAAUAGUUCCGGUAGUGGCCGUGUGUCUGUGCGAUUAAUUUGCGGACUCUUCAGCGGUAUUGUCGUCGUCAUCGUCGUUCGCAGCCGUUCGCAUUGCAAGCGGACAUACGAGGAAAAUGUCACUGGUCGAGCGACUUCAUCUCGAUGAAGUCGUCACCUCGUAUCCGGAGCUCGGACCCACUGCUCCAGAUGGCGGCUACUCGUGGAUCGUUUUGCUCGGCGUCAUAUUCAUUCAGAUUACCGUGCCCAGCGUGCUCUCGAUGUACGGCGUGGUGCUGGGAUACCUGGCUAAGAACGAUGCGCUCGACUUUGACGUCUGGAGUCAGAAGAUCACCUGGACGCCGAUACUGUUCGUCGCCUUCUGGAACUUGGCGGACCCAUGGACCAGGGCAAUCGCGGAACUGGCGUCGAUCCCGCGGCUGGUCGGCCUCAUCGGUGUAGGUCUCCUCAGCACGGGUAUCAUCGCUUCUGGAUAUUUGGCAACCGGCGGAGUGGGCGCUUACCUGGCCAGCCUUAGCGCAGGGGCGGUGAUGGGCAUCGGCGCAAGUUUCGUGAUCGUGCAGAGCGAGACCCUGCUGCGGAAGCACUUUCGCGUACGGCUGCCGUUAGUGUUGGCCUUGAAGAAUAUCGCAGCCUCGUUCGGCUACACGCUCGUGCCAGCGCUCACGCACUUCCUUCUCGAGGAGACUGAUUUGAAAGCUGGGCUCUUGCUGAUGACCACAGCCCUCAUCCCGACUGCCAUGGGCACGUUAGCCCUGCGCUCGCCGGCUCCACAGCGAGCGUCUCCUUACAGGUUACUCUUGUCAGGCGACGAAGACAACGAGCUGGGCAUUAGAAUGGCCCCGGACAUCGCCGAAGAAACGAACGAUCAGAGUAACAGCGCGAAUAACGUCAGCUACCUCCACAGCAGCGCCAAGCAGGACACGAACGCCGCGCCGUUGUUCAGCGAGGUCAACAGCAUUUACGCUUUCCAAGAGGAUGAAGACGUGGAGCUGUUUGUGAAUCCGAGCGUGCGGUCGAAACGGUGGCAGCAAGAGUUCCGUGUGCUCCGUUACUUCCGCUUCUGGGCAGCCCUAGUCACGUGGAUCGGCAUGAAGGCUUACUCGCUCUUCUUCUGGAUCCUGGUGCCCACCUUGUAUCUGAAACGCUCGUUGCCCGAAUAUUAUUCGGAUUGGGUGAUGUUGCUGAUUGUCGCCGGCUUCGGCACGUUCCUGCCGAGUGUCGGUAGUUGCUGGUUGAUCAUCACCACGAUGCGAUACAGAAGAAUUUAUUUCGGUGUCACUUGUUGGCUCGGCAGCCUCGUCUUGAUAGGCUUGACUUUCGCCAGCAACUAUUAUUGGUUCUUCACGUGUUCGCUACUCGGUGGAAUCAGCAUUAAUGGCCUGCUCAUUUGCCAAGACUCAACACUCUGCGACGUAUUGGGAAACCAGUUUGCCCAUCGUUCGCGCAAUCUAUUCUCCACCUUCAUCGGUCUUGGCAUGCUGUUCUUCUGCUUUAUGCGUAGUGAAAACGUGUGCCUUCGAGUGGUCGCGCUCCUGCAGUUUCUCGGCGGAUCUUAUUGGCUGAUGCCGCCCAUCUGGGACAUUAUACAAGCGCGGAGCAUCAGGCAAGCUUAAUUAGUUUAAUCGCGUAAAUUAAUAAGUUAUGUUUUAGUGCAAGUAUAUAUAGUUGUAAGGCGAUGAGAUAUCAAGAGUCACCGUCAUAAUUGAUCUCGAGCACAUUUAAAUGGUAAGAAACACUCUUGUAAGAUCCACUCUUAAGAAUGGGGUAGCGCAUGCGCACGCACACGCACACACACACACACACAUUUAUAUAUACAAUGCGAAUUGUACAAUCAAAACACCGGUUAUUUAAUCUUUAAACACUAACUAAAUAUUUAAUUUUUUACACGUACACACACGCAAAUUCGCGUGGAUUACACAAUUUGCACAAGAUUGUCUAAAAUUUAAGGCAUCAUUCCUCGUGACUGAUAUGAAACUGAUUGAUCGAUCAAACGAAAGGUUUUACGCUGCGCAUACAUCUCUGCGUGUGAUUUAUCACG